AGUUUUCAACGGUGGAAGUUUUUUUUUCUCACUGUUUCAUGUGGUGUGUCCCAUAUGAGUGUUGAAUCUAAAUAAUUUUUGGCAACCUUCCCUAUUGUGAUCUCAAGAAACUGAUGGACGGAGUGGAUUUAUCACAAGGACCUAUGUGGGUCCCACAUAGUUUCCAACCAAAGAAACUUCAUGUGGCCCGGGGGCACAGGCAAUUCGUGUUUGAACUCGCUAAUUUUAUGAAGUGGAUUUUCGCGACCAGAGAGAGAUGGAAGAAGGAAAAGCUACUACUACUACUACUACUACUUGUUCUUCUUCCAUGAGAAAAGAAGAAGAAGAAAAUGGUUGGUGGGGUCAGAGGUCCUGGAAACUCCUCACAGCCGUCCGAAACAGGGCCCCACUCAUCCAAUGCAUCACCAACUUCGUCUCCAUGGACAUCAUGGCCAACACCCUCCUGGCAUCCGGUGCUUCCCCAGCCAUGGUACACUGCCUCCAUGAGAUCCCCGAUUUUACGCCGCACGCUCACGCCCUCUGCAUCAACAUCGGCACCCUCUCCCCCGACUGGAUUGCCUCCAUGAAGGCCGCUGCCUCCCUCGCCGUCCGAUCGGGCAAGCCCUGGGUUCUCGACCCAGUCGCCGUCUCCGCUUCUGAUUUCCGCAUGAAGGCCUGCCUUGAGCUCGUAGAGCUCCGGCCCACUGUUAUUAGAGGGAACGCGUCCGAGAUCAUUGCCCUCUCCAGUGCUUCGCUUGGACCCACUAAGGGGGUGGACAGCUCCCAUGGAACACUGGAUGCGGUUGAAGCAGCAAAGUCCCUAGCUCAAUCCAGCGGGGCUAUAGUUGCAGUAUCCGGAGCUGUUGACAUCAUUACCGACGGACAGCACGUGGUCGGAGCACACAACGGUGUGGCCAUGAUGCAGCAGAUUACAGCAACUGGGUGUGCCGUUACAGCUCUCAUUGCCGCUUUUGUUGCAGCUAACCCAUUAGAUGCUUUCGAAGCCACAGCUUCUGCACUUUCAAUAUUUGGUGUAGCUGGUGAGGUGGGGCUGGACAUGGCCAAAGGGCCAGCAUCGUUGCGGAUGCACCUGAUAGAUUCACUGCAUGGGCUUGAUGAGGUCACUGUGCUUUCCCGAGUUGUCAUCACUCACAUGUCGUGAUCUGAUAAGAUUCAAGAGCACCUUGUAGUUUUGAAGACAUGAUCGAUCCAUCACGUCCUCACCUGCGUCACUUCCGCUCGCUUCCAAACCCAUCGCUAGCUCCAUCAUCUGGGAAGCAGAAAUGGUGUUCUGAGAGCCGAACGAUACGAACAGUACAGAAUACGGACGGUGCAGAUUCAACAAUGAGAGACAUCGAUCCACGGAAAUUCCAGGCUAACGGAGGGUGAGAUGGUAUGGUAAGGUGUCAUUGCUUUCCGAGUUGGGAGGGAGGCCGUGAUCUGGGCCGUUGAAAGGGAGGGAGGCGAAUCGGAAGGAGGUGGUUGGAGGGAGGGUAGACUGAAGGUUUUUUACAUUGAGUGGGGUGCUUACGAGGGUGACGGUGUAGCGAUUUAGGUGAUCUAGAUGUGCAGCGAAUGCGAGGAAGGGAAUGAAAUGGCCUUGGCCCAUAUAAGGGAAGAGGAUUACGCGUUGUAUUUCGGCCAUUGAAGAAGGGAAGUCGCAGAGGUUUCUGUUGCUGUUUGGGAGGAUAAGUUCUUGGCGCUUCAAGAUUUAUGCUUAUGAUAGGUUACCCCAAUAGAAUUUCUACUGCCUUUUGUCUUUAAUGAGGCAGCUUUUGAGGUGUACAGUGAAGUGUGAACUGACAUUGAGGUGUACUAACAAGCUAACGAGAAAAAAAAUAGAAAGAGAAAAAAAAGAGGCAGCUUUUUAAAAAAAUGUUACCGGAACAUAAAUAAAUUUCAUAUCAAUUGGAUUUUU